GGCGGUUUUAUAAGUAGAGCAGUCGCCUUUUCAAACCGAUUCGUAACAACGCGAAUGAUCUCGUUUCCCUUGCUGAUGCUACUAGUCUCAUAUUCGGAACUGGAGCCAACGCACGUCCCGGAGCUUCCUGUCGUUCCCAUGCGAGUGAGAAUCACCAUUAUUGGCGACUUGGACCAACCACCUAAAGAACAGCAAGUUUGUCAUUCUGAGAGCUACGGACACAGGUGUUUUUAGAGAGAGGUCAGAUUUACCUCAACUGUUCCGAUCUUCUUAUGAGACUAUUGCGGGUACAAUAAACAUUGUCGAAUCUC